AGACAUGCGCUAUGAGGAUAAAUUUAUUUUUGAACGGCUCAACCAGAAGCUUCUCCGGCAAUCUGGUUGUUCUACCUUCAUUCAGUCAGUCUAGGCGGAAUCGCCUUAACGUAUUAGUAUCUUCUUGAGAAAACCUCUGUUGAUCAUCUCUUCCCUGACCACGCGCGAUGGAGUUGUCUGAAACUAAUCAGGGUGGCGGUAGGCAGGCCAUGAAGAGUGAAAUGGCCAUGAGUGAGAGUCUACAGGAGAGUGCUUUGCAGAAGACAGCAACAGGCCACAUUGCCUCAUCGUUGUCUGCCUCAAAGAGCGUCUCGCAGAGUGUUGAGAAAUCCGUGAGUGAGAGCGUCUCAUCGAGCGUCAAGAUAUCCUCUGUGAGCUCAUCGUCCGUUAGCUCGUCAAAAUCCGUUUCAUCUUCAACAUCUUCAUCCCUUCGUAUUGGCUCGCUGGAGUCUCAAAUUGAAUUUUAACGGUCGAGUAAUUUUUUUUUUUUGAACGAAUUUUGACCUUUUGACACACGUUAAAAAAACACGAUUUGGCAGUUAAAUCAAUGAAAAUCCCUUGACCAAAAAAUUCUUAUUCCCUUCACAAAAUUUUCCCCUCACAUCUUCAAAUUAAAAACACAAUUUCUGUGAUUUUACCCCACUCUCCCCUAUAACAUUGCACAUCUCCUUAACAUUUUUUUUUCCUUUUCACAAAAGCAAUUCCAAGGAUUUUAUGUAUUUUUGUCAAAAUUGAGAAAAUCUCUCAGAAAACUUUUCAAAAAGACAUUUUAAUGAGCUCUUUUGCGUGACAAGAGAUGUUAUUUGCCAAGAUUUCAAAAUGAAGGUCUUUUUUGGUUUUUUUUGCAUCUCUCAGUCCUCUCCCUCCGCAAAUUUUUGUCUAUUUUCGUUGGUUCAAAAAUCAACGGGCAAGAAAAACAUGCUUUUUGGUAAUGGUGGUGUGUUUAUAAGAGUAAUGUAAAAUAAACUAUAUAAAAUACAUGAAGCUGUGUAAUUCUAAAAAUA